CGCCCCACCGUGCAGCAGCAAAGUUUCGCGAGCGCCUGCCAGUGUGCGUGUUGUGUUGGUGAAACUGGUCCAUAUUUUGGAACGAAACUAUUUUGUAAUGCUUUUCCGUGCACUUCGUGCGUACGUGCCCCGUAAGUGAGUUCGUGCGUGCCGUCGCCGUGUGGUGCAGAUAAAACCCGUUUCUUCACGUGAGCUGCGUGAUAAAAAGUGUGUGGCCAAAGGUGUCUCAUUAGUCUGUGUGUGUGUGUGCGUUACCAUGUUUAUCUUCUGUGCUGAUAAUCGUACAGCAUUCCCGUGAUCUUUGUUCACCGUACGGAGGGGAGGGGAAAGGUAGUCUAUUCAACGUGUCACAGUAGGUGGGUGGCACCGCACUGCUAGACACAGCCACCCGGAUACAAUUACAAUCCACUCUGCCGUCGUGCUGUGUCCGUCGCCUCCACGUACACAGCAGCAACAGCAGCAGCAGCCCGAGAUUGCACUCGCUUGCCCUACGAAACUGUCAUCCGCGGUAGCCCAGCUGUGUAAAGGUCAGGGUGGUGUUCUUUCGAAGUUUCUUUUGUGUUUGCCAACCGUGUGGGGUGGAACUUUCGUCACCCAUUUCUUGGAACGGCAAAGGCCAGAUUUGCUCCGGUUCAUCAACAUCCGGGCUUGGCAACAACGUCUCCGAGCAAGCAGGCAAAAGGUCACACGCAGGGGGAACAGCUCGGGAAGGGAAAGGGGAACGAUUGCAAAAAAAAUGUGAGAAGCUCACUUACACGCACCUUGAUUCCGGCGGAGAAGAAGCAGGAGAAGGAGUGGGCGAAAACGUGCGAGUAAACAACAAUUAGAGUGAAAACGAACCGAAAGGAAAAGAAAUCAGCAACUACAAACAACAACAACAAAACACUUUCGCUCGUGUGCACGUGUAUUGCUGUGUGUAUGUGUGUCCAGCUUUAAUGAUUGCUUCUUCAAUGAAGACGAGAAGGUGUGGAUAGGGGAAAGGGAGCGCAGCAACAGUGGAAAGGAAGCACGCACCAGCGAAAACAACAAGUGCAAAAGCACACAGAGACGGACACAGGCAGCAGCUUGUCUCGUGUUCGUUUAGCUCCACAGAAGCCCCAACAGUGUGUGUGUGUGUGUGUGUGUAUGUGUGUGUGUGUGUGUGUAAUAUGGCCGUGUGACGAUGGCAUCCAUUGUAAGGAUUCCCGUACGCUGCAGGUGUCGUGCGGAAUGCCAGUGCUAAAGCGUCCCUCGAGACGGCCGCAGGAUAUUGUCCUUACGCGGAUGUGUGUCUGCUGAGUGUGUUCUAUCUUGUGUGUGUGUGUGUUUGUGCAUCUAAUGGCAGCAAAUGUUUGAAAAAAUAAAAAGACCAACAAUACAAUAGCGCGCAGUCAGCCACAGCCUCCUUGUGCUACUGUGCUUGUGGUAGAGCAACAUCCGCCCAAGGAGAGAGAGAGAGGGAGAGGAAGAGAAAGCCCACACGGGAUUGAAGUCACCAACGACAACGACGAAGACGACGCACACAACAUCAUCAAAAUGGGGCUACUGUUUGCAAAAAUCUGGAGCUUAUUCGGCAACGAAGAACACAAGCUCGUAAUGGUGGGUUUGGACAAUGCCGGCAAGACAACCAUCCUGUACCAGUUUCUAAUGAACGAAGUCGUCCACACCAGCCCAACGAUUGGAUCGAACGUGGAGGAGAUCGUGUGGAAAAAUAUUCACUUUCUCGUGUGGGAUCUGGGCGGCCAGCAGAGCUUACGGGCGGCCUGGAGCACGUACUACACAAACACAGAGUUCAUCAUCAUGGUAAUAGACUCAACCGAUCGCGAACGGUUAGCGGUGACGCGUGAGGAGUUGUACAAAAUGCUGCAGCACGAAGACUUAACGAAGGCUAGUUUAUUAGUGUACGCAAAUAAGCAGGAUCUAAAAGACUCGAUGAGUGCAGCUGAAAUUUCCAAACAAUUAGACCUUACCUCCAUCAAGAACCACCAGUGGCACAUACAGUCCUGCUGUGCGCUCACGGGCGAAGGGUUGUACCAGGGAUUAGAAUGGAUAGCGCAAAGGAUCAAGAAGAAAUGACACCCACCUGUGUAAAAGCUCUGCAGCGAUGUAAACCCCGUGGGGCCGACCGGCACCGGUAGCGCUUUGCUCGGCGAUUCUAUUGUUAUUCCGUAUGGAGUAUAUGGAGAGAUGGGCAAAUAGAAACCCACAAAAUCAUAACCAAACCAAGCGCCUGUGACGACGUUUGGCAAGGGUAUGCUGGGCAGUAGGAAAACCCCUCCGCCUGCUGCUCUCCAUUCAAACCGUACCGAAGGCUAUCGAAAUGGUCGGCGGAGGAGACGUGUAAUUAGCGAAACGAUCCAUCAAAAACUCUAGACCGGAGUAAGCACGGUAAAUGAGAUUGUACAGGUUUAAUUGUUGUUGUUGUUGUGCCGAAUCCGAUCAUUCGCGGCUCGCACACCGAAGGUAUGAUCAGCGAGCCACUAACACACACACACACAAUUGGUGUAAGAUAGCGAUAACUAAUUUGCAGCAUAACUUUAAGCGCUAAGAGAAGCGAGAGAAAAGUAAAGUGUUGUUAUGCGGAGUAAUGUGAGACGCUCCGCGCUUAUUUUUAUUUGCAGUCGUGUUGGGGUGCGCCGGGGAAUACUGCGACUGUGAAACGACUAAGACGUAAGGGAAUGUUAGCUUAAAGAUAAACACACUCAAACGAUUGACGAUAAAGCAAAGGGGGGAGGAAGAGGAAUCCUGCUGCAUCCCAGGAUGCUCCCAGAGCUAAAAAGACACCCCUCAAUUAACACCUGAUGUAGAGAUAAACGUUGUAUAAAACUAGCCAAAUGUAAUACGAUCGUACAGAAGUACAGGGGGCUGUUCGGUGCCACAGUGCUGCACAGAGGAGGAGUGACACACGUAAAAUUUGAACUUUUCAUUAGCAAAAUUUCGUGCAAAAUGUAUACAAUGUUAAUUACGACACAGGUGAAUACUUUAAGUUAGUGCAAAAAGGAUUCAAAGUGCAUCAUGCAAAUUCCAAGAACUCAGUAGCCAAAUCACUACCAUGCGGUGGCAGAAUAGAGGGGAAAAUGCAGCAUGUAAGAGUAAGAGGAAUGUAAGAGUGAUAUUGAUGCGGACGAAAAGACACAUCGCGUCUCCUCCGGCGGGCAGGGAUUACCUAUAGGGAAGAGUAAACUAUCUCACAAGGAAUCCAAUCAGGCGAGUGAAAAUGGGAAAGAGCUUUAGGAGGAGAGAGGGAUGCAUUUUACUACUUUAAAGCAGUGUUUCCGAUGUAUAGUUUUAUUCUUGCGUUUGCUUACGUAUUACAUCAAUAAUCGGUCGCGGCGAACAGGGAAGCUGGGUUUGUUUUUGUACAUUUCGAGCGUUAUACUGCUAGCAAAGAGACGAGAAAGACAGGCAGAGGAUUAAGCGUUUGAGCAAGGGUGUAAAUCAAAUCCUACCGUGCGUUUACUUGUUGCUCGACGUAGGAGGACGGUUCAGUGUGCGUGUGCGAGUAUGUAAGGAUGGGUGUGUAAGCGCUACUACUUGAAGUCGAAUGAAUGAGAAUGAGAGAACUACUUACACUAUAUAUAGUUAAAACAAAUGAAAAGUAACAAAAUAUAUAUACAUGUACGUAUCGAAAGAA